AUGGAUAGGAUAAAUCUGUUGCCUGAUGAGCUGCUCUUGAGAAUACUGUCGCUACUGCCUACUACUAAAGAUGUUGUGGCCACUAUGGUUUUGUCUCAGCGAUGGCUGCCUUUUUGGAAGUUAAUGCCAAAACUCGUCUACGACGAUAGCUAUCAAAACAUUGAGUAUGGAAAGUUUUCUCGCUUUGUGGACAGGUCUUUGAUUCUGCACGAGGCACCAGUAGACACUUUGCAUUUCAAACUUGUUCAAAACUCGAGUGCUGCUGAUGUUGGUAUAUGGACUGCAAUUGCGGUUAAACGGUGCGUGCGUGACCUGAUUAUCGAAUCUUCUCCCAUUACAACUCCAGUCACGCUUCCAAGGAGCUUGUACACAGGGUGUGCAGCGCUUGUGACCUUGAAACUAAAGAAGUGUGACUCUUGUGGAUGUUUCUUCCUUGCCUUCUUUCCUGACCCUAAAAGCAUUGCGCCUUAUAUGUGUGAAGUACCCUGGUGA